AUGUCCACUGAAGAGAUCCCCAAGUCCGUCUUGCCUUAUCCUCCCAUCCACAAGGACGCCCAGUUCGUCGUCCUCUCUGACUGGGAUGGAACUAUCACCGACAGAGACAGCAAUGACUUGCUGGUGGACAACCUUGGUUUCGGUUUCGACAAGAGACGUGCUUUGAACAUUGAAUGCCUCGAGGACCGAAUCUGCUUCAGGGAUACCUUCAAGGAGAUGCUCGAGUCUAUUGACAAGCCUUUCGAGGAGUGCAAGGAGUACCUCAAGCAGCACAUCAAGCUCGACCCUGGGUUUGAAAAGUUCUACAAGUACUGCCGGGCCAACGGUAUCCCCGUUGUCAUUGUUUCUUCCGGUAUCGAGGCCAACAUUCGCGCUGUCCUCUCUACUCUUCUCCCUGGCCCCGAGGCCGAGGAGAUCGAGAUCAUUGCCAACGACGUCAAGUUUACCGACUCCGAGGGCAAGGGCGACAAGUGGGAUAUUGUCUUUAGGCACCCUACCAGUGGCUUCGGACACGACAAAUCUAGGGCCAUCUUGCCUUACCGUGACUUGCCCCACAGGCCUACUCUAUUCUUCUGUGGUGACGGUGUCUCUGACUUGUCUGCUGCUAAGCAUGCCGACUUGCUCUUUGCCAAGACCAUGCCCUCCGGCCACUCUGAUCUCCAAACUUUCUGCCAAAAGCAAAAGAUCAACCACCUUCCCUUCGUCGACUUCAACAAGGUUCUCGAAAAGUUGCAGGAGGUUGUGGCUGGCAAGACUGUCGACGACAUCUUGUCGGAAGAGGGCAAAAAGUACUGA